AUGGAUGAUUGGGACAACGAUGUCGAAUCGGAGCCUAAGGAGGAGCCCAUAAAAGAACAAGAGCCACAAGCCUGCGAGGGCGAAACACAAAAAGACGACAACAAAGAGAAUGAGACAGAGAAGAAACCCGAGAAGAAAAAGCGAGACUCGAGUAAGCCAAAGGAGCGGACGCAGUGCUAUCGAUGUGGUAAGCUCGGGCAUAGUCUUAAAAACUGCCCUUUGAAUAAGGGUAAAGACGCAGAGCAAGUUUGUUUCAAUUGUGGGAUGCCGGGACACAUCUUAGCAAAGUGUCCUGUACCUCGUAAAAGACGGCUUGAGUUUACUUCAUGCUUCUUGUGUGGAAAGACAGGACACCUCUCGAACAUGUGUCCCGAAAACCCAAAGGGAAUCUACUCGAAGGGCGGGUGUUGUCGAGUGUGUGGGUCCAUCCACCAUUUGGAAAGAGAUUGCCCCAAGAAGAAGGAAAUGAGAAGCAAAUACGAAAUGAAAGACAAAGAAAGGUCCCUUGCACGUGGCCCACGCGCUCCAAGACGUCCCAACCCAUCCGAUUAA